UAUAUAUACUAUUCCUUCUCAUAAUAGAUCCUUCAUCAUCUAUAGAAAUAUAACAAACUACAUCGAUCUCUUCAACAUCUCAUAAAAAUGGAAGAUCUUUACCUCAUUGUCCAUUACUGGCUAGUUGGUCACCCAAUUAUCAGCCAAUUUGAGUUUAAGCAUGGCCAAACUUUUGGUGCCACAUUGUUAUUUCCCAUAGUGUCAAUGUUCAUGUACUUGUCUUUCACUAUAUUAUCUCUCCGUUUCCCAACACUCCUUCCCAUGAUUUCCGCCGCCAACCUCCGCCGUAUCACCGCCACCCACAGCCUCAUCCUAUGUGUCCUCUCGCUUCUCAUAGUCGUGGGCUGCAGCCUCUCCGUGGUCCACCAAGUGGCGGCCCACGAUUGGACUUGGGUCAUAUGUUAUAACAGAUUAAAUAAUUACACAAAUAUCAUUCCCCGAGGACCGAUUUUCUUUUGGGCUUACGUAUUCUACCUUUCCAAGAUUCUUGAAUUCAUAGACACCCUUUCAAUAAUCCUAAGUAGCUCAAGAUCUCGACGGCUCUCGUUCCUCCACGUGUACCACCAUGCAAUGGUGCCACUUUUGUGUUACAUGACUUUAAAAAAUAGCCAGUCUAUGUUGCAUACUGGGGUGAUCACUAAUGCUUCUGUUCACGUACUAAUGUACGCUUAUUAUUUCCUAUCUGCUGUAGGAAAAAGGCCAUGGUGGAAAAAACUGGUCACUAACGUUCAAAUUUUGCAGUUCAUGUUUUGCUUUUUGUGUUUGGGUGCAGUGAUUUACUAUCACUUGACUAGUGAGUUUGGGUGCUCUGGGAUUGGUGUCUGGUUCUUCACUAUCAGUUUUAAUGUUUCACUUUUAGCACUUUUUCUCAACUUUCAUUUCAAGACGUAUGCCAAUAACGUCAAGAAAAACGGUGAGGAUAAGCUGGUUAAACAAAAAUAAUACUUGUAUUAAUUGUUUUUACUUUGGAAGUACAUGCACAUGUAUUGAUAAAUAAGAAUCCUGAUUGCUGGAGUGAUAUCGUGUGUUGCAUGCAUGUCUGUCCUAUGUCGUGUUUGACAAUAUUUGAUACUUAUAAAUGAAAAUAGUUACAGCCUAGUUCAUAGGCGAAGCCAGAAUUUGAA